CAAGAACGAAGAGAGACCCACCGGACCACUUCCUCACCACGUCUUCAAAAAACCGUCGGCAUCGCCCUCCUGCGACCUGGUCGAGCGCCGACCUUCGUCGUCACCUACAGCAGCGUGUCCGCAGAAGGUCCGCUGGAACGACGGACGCUCCUGUUCGAUGGCGCGCAACGUGGCGAUCUUCCUGUGGCGGACGCUGUACGUGCAGGCCGUACGUCGCCACUACAUCGCCACGGCGAUCGAGCUUUCGGCCGUGGCGGGCCUCUUUUACUUCCUGGGGGGCUUGCGGGAGCCGGCCAGGCGACUCGGCAGCGACUCGGGCGAGGUGGAAGCGCGCUGGGCCUUUGUCCCGCCCCGGGUGUCGCACAUUGUGUACGCGCCAAAGAGCGACUACAACGACGAGCUGAUGGCCGCCGUCCUGAGCCGACUGUUGGGGAACUCAGCGCGCGGUCUUCUGUCUGAAGAUAACGCGACAAAUACACUCGAGUCAGCAGUGGUCACCCUGAAAGACGCAGACGCCGUGGCUCUUAAGUGCCAGGAGCUCGUGAACGGCAGCGACGAUAGCAGCACCACCAAGCCGCUGUGCUUAGCCUUUCCCGCCACGGCGAGCGAUUCCGCCAGCCUCUCGCUAAGGCUCUACACUCCCGUUGAGAUUAUUUCGACAAUUAUGACGGAGUAUCACCUCGGUACUACCUUCACGCCUGAAUCGUUUUUCGAUGAAACGACUGCUUUUCUGUACAUAAUACAGCAGGAGCACUUAAAGCUAAAAAGUAAGGCAUUUCCAGAAGCAGAAAUGAAUUACACGCUUAUGAUUGACAACAUGCCCGGCUGGGUGUUUGCGGGGCAUGAAAAUAGUUAUGAAGGCUUCCUCCAACGUGCACUUUAUGUCGGAUUCCUAAUUCCUCUCAUCAGACGAAUGAACGCCAUACAGUACGAGUUUACGACCGGCACUGCGGAACACCAAGGUGUAAUGGGGCUCUCAGAUGCCGAGUUCUUCCUUGGCCACUUUCUAACGGCUCUGAUCAUCGGCCUCAUUGAAAUUGCCAUCGCUAUUCCAGUGUUUCUCAUAGAAGGAAAAGGAGCCCAUGGAAUGAACGCGGGUCUCGUGACCGUAUCGUGCGUCAUCUUUCAAAUUGGCUAUAGCCUGCUUAUCAUACUCAUCACGUGGGUGUUCCCUAAAGGUUGGCUGGCAUUCAUCAUUGCCGUACUUCUGAUGGAGGCCGCUCCUGCAUUUUUCUCAGACUCGGCCGACUCGGUGCCGUUGCCCGAAUAUUUCCUCCAAUCAAAGACGCAGAAGCUCCUAGCGAGUAUUCUGCCACACAGCGGCUUCUACUGUGUACUGAGGAUCAUCUGCAUUGCUCGAGACUAUGAAGAAGGAGCAACAUGGUCCCUUGUGACUAGGAGAGUGCUCGGCCUAGACAGCAUCACUAUUGCGGAAAUUUGGGCAACCAUGCUCACCUGCGACGUUGUCAUGGCGUUCUUAGCCUGGUACCUCUCGAAAGUUCUUCCCUGGAGCACCGAUAACCGGCAGCACCCAUUAUUCUGUCUUAAGCCCUCGUAUAGGAAGCCCGGAGGCGCUGGACCCACAGUAGAAACGAAAGACAAGCAAGACGCCUACCGAUUCGAGGAACUUCCGCCAGAAAACAAAACUGUCAUCGCCAUUGAUAAUCUGACCAAGGCUUAUGGUUACGUGCGAGCGUUGAAUGGCGUUGACACGAAAGUGUACGAGUCGAAAAUCACAGUACUUCUCGGGCACAAUGGAGCCGGGAAGACGACUCUGAUGAGCAUAUUGACAGGUAUGCAGGCCCCAACCAGUGGUAAUGCAACAGUCUGUGGCUACGACGUCGCGAAGCAGCGUUACCAGGUGCGUCAGCGGGUCAGCUUCUGUCAACAGACAGACAUCUUCUUUGAAGACAUGACUUGCACCGAGAAUCUCCAAUACUUUGGAUCGCUCAAGGGAGCACCGUACAAGAAGCUUAAAGAAUCCAUCCAGAAUACACUGCGUGUGGUCCAGCUCGAAAACAAGGCCGAAAACAUGCCGAAUGAGCUUUCUGGUGGCAUGAGGAGGAGGCUGAGUAUAGCCCUUACCCUUGUUUCUGAUCCAGAGCUCCUGAUUCUGGAUGAGCCAACGGCGGGCAUGGACCCGAAUACGAGGCGACGUAUCUGGGAUACCUUGCAGAAGAUAGCCACGAAAAAAACGUUGCUUCUGUCUUCCCAUGACAUGGAGGAGGCCGACGCCAUCGCCGACCAGAUAAUCAUCAUGGCUUCGGGUGUGGUCAUCGGCAGUGGAUCGACAGCCUUUCUCAAAAGAGCGUGCGGCGUUGGAUACAAGCUGACGUUUUCCAAGGUGCCGAAUGCGUUCAAUCUCGCUGACGUGAUGGACAUCGUCCGCAAGACCACGCCUGAUGCUCUCGUGGAUGACGACAAGCAGGAGCAAGUGUCCGUCGCGCUGGGCACCCUUGACCCCACGGAGUUCCCAGGGAUGUUCGAGGCGCUGGAAAGGUCCUUCAGAAAGCUCGGCAUUGCAAGCAUGGGAGUCACCGUUGCCACAAUGAAGGACGUUUACCUGAAGAUUAACCUUGGCUGGGCACCUGGAGGAAAAGCACGAGAAAGUGCAGUCGAAGGAAAAGACAUCGACGCUGUUUGCAAGCCCAUCACGAAAGAGCGCACGGGGCCGCGAUCCUUCGGCGCCCUGUUUUCCAAGCGGCUCCUGAGCCUCGUUCGCAGCUGGGACCUCUUCUUCAUCUUCUUCCUUCUGCCGCUCGCACUGUUGGCUCUGGACUCGUGGCGUUCGAACCCUCAGAGCCAGCUGCUGAAGUGGACCAGCGCGGCAACUUCCGCCGACGUCCCGAUUAAACUGGGCGCCCACUUCCCGGAGUCCGUGGUGGUGCUCGGCGAGUCGCCGGCCACCAACGUGAGCCAGAGACUGCGCGCGCUCGUCGAGUCCGAAGGCUGCAGCGUGCGCUCCACGAAGGACGUGAGGAAGCAGCUGCGCGAUUCCAUCGAGGGCGACUUGCACAGCUACAUCACCACGUACUCGAUGGCCGUGGCAUUCGACUCGAACGUCAUACGGAUGAUUCCCAACCCGACGAGUGACGUCACACUUCCCAUCGUCGUCAACCUGGUGGGCACGGCCUGGCUUCGCGCGCUCACGGCGCAGCCGACGGCGCAGUUCAACGUCACCGUCACUAUCCUGAAAUAUUCUCGUGUGCGGGCCGAAGUACUCGUCCUCGCUUCACGAUUCAUUGCUUGGUACUACUGGAUGCGCGUGCCGUCCCUGACCUACUCGCUGGGCUUCGCCGCGUACGGCUCGUUCCCGGUCGCCGAGCGCCUGAGCGGGGCUCGCGACGUCCAGCUCAUGACGGGCAUCCCGGGCCUCGAGUUCAUCUUCGCCCACUUCGCCUUCGACUUCCUCUACCACGUCUUCUUCAGCGUGUCGUGGUGCGCCGUCCACUACAGCUUCAGCCACUACUCGGCAGCCACAUUCGGCAUGUUAUUGUUGGUUUUUCUAUUUUUUGGGCCGCAAGCUAUUGGCCUUGGCUACUGCAUGGCGGAAUAUUCAGUGUCCUCAGGUGCAGCAGUCGUUUGGAUUUUCAUAGCCCUCUACAUUGGAGGUUGGGUGAGCACCACACUCGGCUUCCUUGUUUGGAUUUUUGUAACGAAAAGAACCGUGCACUACGUGUCCCUCCUCGCCCCUCCGUACGCAAUGUUGUCCGCGCUCGUCAAAGUGUGGAACGAGGAAGAAAAACAGCUACAGUGCAAGCUGCUGGAGAAGAAGAACAAGGUCAUCUUCAACAAAGAAGUCUUCGGGAUCGAUUGCAGCGGGGGUCUGCUGAACUUCAGCUACGAAGGAAUCGGCUACGAGCUGUUCGUCAUGAUAGCCGAGGGCCUGUUCUUUCUGGGCCUCAUGGUGUUCGCCACUUCCGGCGACUUCUGCCAAGAGACCCGCUUCGCGCCCCAGGAGUUUCCCGUCGACGCAGACGUGGAAGAGGAGAAGUCGCGGGUGAUCGUCGCUUGCCAGCAAAGAGACUUCGCCCGAAACUCGAUGCUGGCCUGGAGCCUGCACAAACACUUCGGCGCGUUGCACGCCGUCAGGGGCAUCUACGUGGCGCUCCGGCCCUCCGAGUGCUUCGGCCUCCUGGGCGUGAACGGCGCCGGCAAGACCACCACGUUCCAGAUGCUGGCCGCCCUGACGAGCGUCUCGCACGGCGACGCCUGGACAGCGACGGCCAACCUCAGCGAAGACGCCCGUGCCUGGCAGUCGCAGAUCAGCUACUGUUUCCAGAUGGGGGGCCUGCUAGACAGGCUGAACGCGUACGAGUAUCUCUACCUGCUGGGUCGGCUGAGAGGCAUCCCCGAAAGCGAGCUGAAGCCGAUGGUGGACGGCAUAAUAUCGGUCGUCGACCUCACGGAACACGCCUCCAAGGAGUCCGGGCGUUGCAGCGGAGGCAACCGCCGGAAGUUGUCCAUCGGUGCUGCGCUGCUGGGCAUGCAGCCGUUCGUGUUCCUCGACGAGCCGUACGCCGGCGUGGACGUGGUGUCCCGCAACAAAAUCUUCCGGGCCAUCGGCGAGAUCAAGAGGCGCUCGCGGACAACCUUCGUGCUCACGUCACACACCAUGGACGAGUGCGAGUUUUCUUGCGACCGGCUCACCAUCAUGGUCGGCGGUCAGAUGAUGUGCCUGGGCACGCUGCAGCACCUGCGGGAGAAGUUUGGCCAGGGCUACCGACUCGAGUUCCUGCUCAAGCACACCGCCGCGGCAGAUGCGCCCAGGCUGGACGAAGCUGUGCGACAGCUUUUCGCGGGAAUCGAACUCGACGAAUCCCACCAGAACCUGCUUGGCUAUCACCUGUCGGAGCGGAUUCCUUGGAGCGUGCUGUUCACCAAGGUGGCGCAGCUGCAGAAAAGCUUCCAACUCGAGCACGCUCUGGUCGGGGAGAAAACCCUCGAGGACAUCUUCUUGAUCUUCGCCAAAGGUGCAGCGCGGCCACACCUUCCGAGUGGUGCGCCACUGGGAGGCGGCUAUCUUGCACCACCACCAGGUCCAGCGUACUAGGCCCGACCGUGGCACCCGGAAGAUGCUUCGCAUGGGCGGCAAUAAAAGCCCUCUUCCACAUCAAA